AUGAGCUACUCUCUGGAAACACUAGGUAGCCCCUCUUAUAGGAGGAUGGCUGAGAUCAGGACCAGCUAUGCAAGGACAAGCAGUUCUCCAUCCAGUGGUUUCAGGUCUCAGAGCUGGUCCAGAAGCACCCCAAGUACUAUAUCCUCCUCCUAUAAGAGAAGCAACCUGGCAGCGCCCAGAGGGUUCAGCUCCGGUGACAGUUUGGAUCUCGGUCAGUCCUCUGUCUACAACGGGGACUUCAAGCAAGUCCGAUCCAGCGAGAAGGAGCAAUUGCAAGGGCUCAACGAUCGUUUUGCUGGUUACAUCGAGAAAGUCCAUUACCUGGAGCAGCAGAAUAAGGAAAUUGAGGCAGAAAUUCAGGCUCUAAGGCAAAAGCAGAGCGGAUACAACCAGUUGGGUGACAUCUAUGAACAAGAGCUGAGAGAGUUGAGGUCUAACUUGGAACACGUCAACCACAACAAGGCUCAGAUCCUUUUAGACUCUGAACACCUAGAGGAAGACCUCCAGAGGCUGAAGGACAGGUAUGAAGAUGAGGUCCGAAUUAGGGAUGAAACAGAUUCCACCAUCAGGGCCAUGAAGAAGGACAUGGAGGACACGUCCUUGAUAAAGGGGGAGUUGGACAAAAAGGUGCAGUCCUUGCAAGAAGAGAUUGCCUUCCUCAAGAACAACCAUGAAGAAGAAGUCAAUGACCUAUUAGCUCAGAUCCAGGCCUCCCAUAUCACAGUAGAAAGGAAGGACCUCCAGAAGACAGAUUUGGCCUCUGCCUUGAGGGAAAUCCGCUCUCAGCUAGAAGGGCAUUCCAACAACAACAUGGUGCAGACGGAGGAAGUCUUUAAAAAUAGGUAUGCAAAGCUAACAGAAGCUGCAGAACAUAACAAAGAAGCCAUCAGGUCUGCCAAAGAGGAGCUAUCAGAAUACAGAAGGCAACUACACACCAAAACUGUAGAGCUGGAAUCUGUCAAAGGAACCAAAGAGUCACUGGAGAGACAGUUGAAUGACAUCGAGGAGAGACACAACCAUGACUUGACCAGUUACCAGGAAACCAUCCAACAGCUGGACAAUGAGCUGAGAGGAACAAAAUGGGAGAUGUCCCGUCAUCUGAGAGAAUACCAGGAUCUGCUCAAUGUCAAGAUGGCUCUGGAUAUAGAAAUUGCUGCAUACAGGAAACUCCUGGAGGGAGAAGAAACCCGCUUCAGCUCAUUCUCUAGCCUAUCUUCAGGACCUUCAGCUCCACUCAGACAAGCACCUAUUACUAUAACCUCCACCAGGGUACAGCAGUCACGAGCAGAGCCUCCUAGAGUCAAAGUCCAACACAAGUUUGUUGAGGUCAUUGAAGAAACCAAAGUUGAAGAUGAAAGGUCAGAUCUGGAAGCAGCAUUGGCUGCUAUGGCAGAAGAGUUUGCAUCAGGGCUGCUGGGGGAAGAAGAGCAACAGGAAGAUGAAGGUGAUGGUGAGGAGGAAAAAGAGGAGGAGGUUGAAGAGGAGAUUGUGGCAGCUGUAGAAUCUACUGUACAGGCAGCAGCUCCUGGGGAGGAAGAAGAGGGGGAGGAAAAGGAAGAGGAGGCAGAGGAAGAAGAGGGGGAAAAGGGGGAUGAUGAAGCAGAGGAGGAGGCAGAAAAGGAUGAGGAAGAAGAGGAGGAAGGAGGCAAAGCAGAGGACGAGGUAGAAGAAGGAGAAAAAGAGGAAGAUGAAGAGAAAGUAGAAGAGGAAGUAGCAGAGGAGGAAGAAGUGAAAGCAGAGGAAGGAGAAGAAGGGGAGGGAGAAGGAGAAGAAGAGGAAGGAAAGACAGAAGAAGAUGAAGGUGAAAAGGGAGAAGAUGAGGGGGAGAAAGAAGAAGAAGGAGCAGAAGAAGCAGAAACAGAGGUAGAAGGUGGGGAGGGAGAGGCAGAAGAAGUAGAUGCUGGAAAAGAAGGAGAGGAGGAAACAGAGGAGGCAGAAGAUGAGAAGGCAGAAGAUGAGCAGGAGGCAGAAGGAGCAGAGGAAGAGGCUGCUGAGGAGACACAAGAAGAUGAAGUAGUAGAGGAACCUUUUGUGGAGACUAAGAUUGUAAGGGUAAAAGCAGCAGUGCAGGAGGCAGAAGUAGAGGAAGCUCAAGAGGAAGCAGAGGAGGAGAAAGAGGGUGGUGAUGAGGAAGAGGGAGAAAAGGGAGAGGAAGAAUCAGCAGAGAAGGCUGGAGAAGAAGAAGUAGAAGGGGAAGCAGUUGAAAGCUCGGAGCAACAAGAAGAGAAAGCAGGAACAGAUGAGAAAGAAAAGGAAGAGGGAGAGGAAGAAUCUGUUGAGGAUAAAGAAGCUGAAACAGGAGAGGAAAAGGCAGAGUCCCCUGAAGAGAAAAUUGUAGAAGAGAUAAUCCCGGCAUCUAAAGCAGCUUCUGUGGGAACUGAGAAAGAGGAAGAAAAAGAACAGGAAGAAGAAAGCAGCCCUAGGGAUGACGGGAAGGAGGAUACUGCAGUAAAUGGAGAUGUACAAGAAGAAAAGGAAGAGAGUGAAGAGAAAGGUUUAGUCAGCAAUGGUCUUGAUGACAGCCCAUCAGAGGACCAAGACAGCAGCAAGAACCAGCAAACUGUUAUCAUCACCAAAAAGAUUGAGACCACAACCAGCGAAGGUGAAGAUGGAACCAAGUACAUUACAAAGUCUGUGACAGUCACCCAGAAGGUAGAGGAACAUGAAGAAACUAUCCAGGAGAAGUCCGUGUCCACAAAGAAGUUGGAAAAAGUCACUUCACAUGCAGUAAAGGAAGUUAGAGAAGAUAAGUAA